AUGUGUGCUAAUUAUAAAAUUAGUAGUGAAAGAUAUGAUGAUAUUAUAAAUGGCCAGAUAUAUCCUCAACCACCUGAAAUAGAAAUAAUAUCUAUAAAUUUAUCUAUCUCAAUAUCUCAACCAGAAAUCUUGCCUAUACAUAGCUUAUCAAGUACCAGAAAUCCUGAGCAAGAAGUAAUGUGCAAGCUAGAAUGA